AUCACUUGUUCGAGGGUGCAACUGCAGCGUGGUCUUCGCACUACGCACGUGUGCGUGCGAGUAGUGCAGUGGUGCAGUGUCCAUUGGUGUCUGUGUGUGUGUGUCUUGUUGAACAUGACUGAGGAACUUGAUGUGUCCGACAAAAGCGACAGCGAGGACGAGUGUGCCUUCUCGUCGGACUUUCAUUUUGUGGACACUGCAGCCGAAUACUUUCAUGACACAUGGAGUGAUCUGACAAAGCUCGUCAAAAAGAAGAAGACAGUGAAGAUAGAUGAGAAAAUAUCAAGGGCGAUAGCGAAACGCAAGUCAAAGGAUGUAGAAGAUAAUGCCGUCUCACAAACGAAUGGGGAAGAAGAGGAGGAGGAGGAGGAACAUGUAAAAGACACCCUGAGGACCAAAAAGAAGAAAGGAAAAGAUCCCAGAGCGAAGCAGAAAGCAAUCACUGUGGAAGGGGUUGAGAAUGAAGAAGAUGAAGCUGAAGACGUGACGCAGGCAUUCUUCGGUGAUGAGGGCACCUCAUUUCAGCAGAUGAAUUUAUCCAGACCCUUACUGAAGGCACUGACUGCCAUGAACUUUGUCUACCCAACACCAAUCCAGUCAUCAACGAUACCGAUGGCACUCCUAGGCAGGGAUAUUUACGCAUGUGCAGCAACAGGAACAGGAAAAACGGCUGCCUUCAUGCUGCCAGUGCUGGAGCGGCUGCUGUUUCGCCCCAAGCAGGAUGUGGUCACCCGUGUGUUGGUCAUCGUGCCCACUCGUGAACUGGCCGUGCAGGUCUACCAGGUCAGCCUCCAGUUGGCCCAGUUCACCAACAUCAUGAUCACACUGUCGGCCGGUGGUCUGGACUUGAAGGCCCAGGAAGCUGCGCUGCGCAAGUUGCCAGACAUCAUUAUUGCCACCCCAGGUCGUCUUAUUGACCAUCUGGAAAACACGCCAGGCUUUGACCUUCGCAACAUCGAAGUACUCAUCCUCGACGAGGCUGACAAAAUGCUGGAUGAAACCUUUGCAUCCCAGAUGAAGGAGAUUAUCAGGCAGUGUGCUCCAACUAGGCAAACAAUGCUGUUUUCGGCCACCAUGACUGAAGAGGUCAAGGACCUAGCUGCUGUGUCGCUCCAGAAGCCAGUCAAACUGUUCCUUAACAACAACACAGAUGUGGCGCUCAACUUGCGGCAAGAAUUCGUUCGUAUCCGGCCACAAAGGGAAGGAGACCGAGAAGCGAUUCUUGCUGCUCUGGUGUGCCGGACAUUCCACGACCACACAAUCGUGUUUGUGCAGACCAAGAAGCUUGCCCACCGCCUGCGUGUUCUGCUGGGCUUGCUGGGGGCACGGGUGGAUGAGCUGCAUGGCAACUUGAACCAGGCCCAGCGCCUCGAGGCUCUGCACCGAUUCAAGGAGAUGGAAGUGGACGUACUCGUCACCACUGACCUAGUUGCCCGAGGACUUGACAUCAAGGAUGUAAAGACGGUAAUCAACUUCACGUUACCUCACACUGUUCAACACUAUGUUCACCGUGUGGGUCGAACAGCUCGAGCUGGCAAGAGUGGACGGUCAGUCUCAAUGGUUGGUGAGCAAGAGAGGAAACUCCUGAAGGAAAUUGUCAAGCAAGCCAGGACUCCAGUGAAACAGCGAAUCCUGCCACCUGAUGUGGUGGCCCACUUCCGGGAGAAGAUAGCUGGCCUUGAGCAAGAGAUUGAGAGCAUCUUGGAGGAGGAGAAGGCUGAGAAGGAGCUUGGAGUCAUUGAGAAGGAGGUCGAGAAGGCGUCUGAGCUCGUCAACAAGAAGGCUGCUGCCAAUGAGCCGCAGCGCUCGUGGUUCCAGACGCCCAAAGAAAAGUUUCGGGAGCAAGUGCAACUGAAGCUUGGAAAGCACAGCAAGCACACCCUCAAGAAGUUGAAGAUACCUCCACGUGCUCAGAAUGCCGAAGAUCGUGUCUCGAGGGAGUUAGAGAAAACAGCGCAGUACCAGGCACGCUUGGCCAAGAGGGCAAAGAAACCCAAGCGCAUACGGGCCGUCACCGAGGACGACGGCACAAAAAUGCAUCCACCAAAAGGGAAGAAAGGUGCCAAGAAACGCAAGGGCUUUGAUGCAGAGCUUGUGGACACGAGUCGGAAGGCUGUCAAGAAAUUCCGAUAUGGGCCUUCCUACAAGGAAAAAGUACAGAUGGGUCUGGUCAAGAGCAAAGGUCCCGUCAAAAAAUUCAAGUCGAAGAGUCGAUACAGGAGAAAAUGAUCGUGAGGCAACAGAACUGGUCUGCAUUUGGAGCGAUUUUG